GACGGCGAGUCGGUGGAGAGUGAGCGAAAAAAAGUCCCAACUUAUUAUACCCUCCCGCACGAGUACGCCAGUCUUCCUCUUCUUCUUCUUCUUCUUCUCUCUCUCACUCGCUCAUAGAUCCCGGCCAACUUUCCGGCGACAUUUCCGGUUACUCCUCCGGCUCCGACUUCACUUCCUUUUUGAACUCUUAAUCAUACUCUUGGUGGAAUGCUUCUCUCAGUGUCAGGAUGUUGGGGGAAUUCUCGAUCCAGGUGCUUUUUUAUGCUAUGGUUUCGAACGUGAAGUUGAAUUUUGGGGUUAUUAGAAACCUCGACCAGUGAGCUACCUUUCUCUGAGAACUCAGCAGCGUUAAAUUAAGUGUGCAAUUUGAAAGUUUCUUGGGUUAUCGAGCUGUGGCGUAAGAAUUGAUGUGAUGCUUCGUGUGAACAUGCUGAUUUUUCUGUCUGCAUUGCUCAGUCCUUUGUUCUGUGUCGAUUGAAUUAAUGGGUUCUUCCGCUCUUUGAAUAUUAUUCGACUUCUCCUGCUCUCUCUUCUUAUCUCUUUAUGUUCACAUGGUCAUUGGCUUCUUCCUGCUUGGGAUCUUACCUUCGAAAUUUGGGGCUCUCUCUUCUCUCACCCUCUCUUAGGUUUGAAGCAAACAAGAAACGUUGAGCUGGAAUCCUGUUUUUACAGUGAUCAAAAUGAAGGAUACUCAAAGAAGAAAAGUCCGUAGUAAUACGGAGAAACCUUUCCCUGGAUGCUUGGGAAGAAUGGUAAACCUGUUUGACUUGAGUGCAGGCGUUAGUCGGAACAAGCUUCUGACGGAUAAACCACAUCGUGAUGUUUCUUUACUCCGAAGAAGCCACUCAGAUGCAGCUAUUAUAUCGAGUCCCUCCCAUGAUAGUCAGAUCGAGGAUGGACUGGAACAUUCAAUUGGGCAGGCAAAUCGAACACCAAUGAAGAUGCUCAUAGACCAUGAAAUGUCGAAAGAUGCUGAGUCUAAGAUUGCUCCCCCAAAUGUUGUUGCAAAGUUGAUGGGUCUAGAUACUCUACCCGAGCAGGUUGGUUCAGCUGCUAACAAAACACCUUCUCCAAACGGUUAUCAUCUAGUUCCUCCAAUACCUUCAAGAGGUUCCCUGUCUACAGCUAAAGAAUCUAGGUUGCCACUGGAAUGCACGGAACCAGUUGACAACCGUUUGGAGAAGGGAGCUUUGUGUCAAAUUCAUCAAAGCUCUGUAGACGUCUAUGGAAUAUGGCAGCAGUGUUUGAAAACAAAUAAUGACAGAGAAAAAGUGCAGUAUGGAAGUUUUGACAAAAAUUUUGAUGAAAAAAAGAUGGCUCUUGUUCGUCAGAAAUUCACUGAAGCUAAACGUCUAGCAACAGAUGAGAAACUUAGGCAAUCUAAAGAAUUUCAAGAUGCCUUAGAAGUUCUCAGCUCCAAUAAAGAAUUGUUUGUCAAAUUUUUGCAAGAACCCAAUUCCUUAUUUUCUCAGCAUAGUUUUCAACUUCGUUCACUCCCUACAUCUCCUGAGAAGAAGUGCAUCACAAUCCUUAGGCCCUCAAAGUUAGUUGGUAAUGAAAACAUUUCUGAGACAGGGGUUAGAUGUGAGAAACAGAUGAAAAAACCAGCUCAGAUCUCCCAUUCAACUGCUUGUGAGAAGUCCAGUAAUGCACAUGCUUUGUCAAACCAAAAAUUUGAUGAAUAUGUUCAACCCACACGAAUAGUGGUAUUGAAACCUAACAUUGGUAAGAAUCAUGGUGUUAAAACUGCCGUAACUCAACCUUGCUUGUCACCUAAUAAAACCAAUGGAAACCUUUUUGAGGAAGUUGAGGACGUUGUGGUGCCAGAAUCAAGGGAAGCAACUGAAACAUCUGAACAGUUGAGUGAAGAUCAAAUGGGGCAUCGAAGGGAUGAAACUUUGAUCUCUUCUCUCUUUUCCAAUGGUUAUACUGGUGAUGAGAGUUCACUUUACAAGUCAGAGAAUGAGUAUGCUGUGGGGGUUCUAAGUGAUCUAGAAUUAAUGUCACCAUCUUCCAGGCAUUCUUGGGACUAUGUUAACAAAUUUGAUAGCCCUUAUUCUAUUUCUUCCAUUAGUCGUGCUUCAUAUUCUCCAGAAUCAUCAGUUUGUCGAGAAGCCAAGAAGCGGCUCUCAGAAAGAUGGUCAUUGAUGGCAUCAAAUGCCAAUUCUCAAGAACCUAGGCAUGUAAGGAGAAGCUCUAGUACCUUGGGUGAGAUGCUCUCUUUAUCAGAUCCAAAAAAUUCCAUUGAACCUAUCGAUAAGAUAACCAAUGAAGAAGAAGAGCGGAGGGAGUUUGCAUCCUGCUUAAGUACUGACCUACAGGAAGAGAAUAGAAAUUCUCCUAGAAGUCUCCAGAGGUCAAAGUCUGCUCCCGUGUCUCCUUUGAUGUCAAGUGCCAGAUUAGGUUUUGAAGCUUCAAAUUUUGCUACGCCUGAUGUUACCCCAGAGAAAGUUAGUCCGACAAAAGCUAAAUCAUCAUUUAAAGGAAAAAUUUCUAGCUUAUUUUUCUCCAGGAGUAAGAAAUUGACCAAAGAAAAACGUAAUGCAUCUCAAUGCAAAGAGGAAUUGGAUACUUCUGUUCCGGAAACACUUGGUGCUUCUCUACCUUCUGGCAGGAUUGGUGAUGCAUCUUGUGUCAACAAUAGUCGAUUUGAAGAAUGCUCAUCUUCUGCUCUGUGUGAAUCAUCAGGAACAUCUCCGGAUUUAACCAGCAAAUUGGGCACCGUCUCUCUUGAGGCGGGGUUGCCUUUCUCAAGACAUUUAAUGCCUGGAAAUACCAGUGAGAACCCAGACCAUUCAAGUCCAUGCUCUGUUUUAGAACCUCCAUUUGAUGAGGAUGGCAUCAUGCAUUCGUCGUUUGGCCAUAUGAAAUCAAACUCCAGAGGCAUUCAUGUAUCUACGAAGUCCUUAAUUGACAAAUCACCUCCCAUAGAAUCAAUUUCUCGAACUUUGACAUGGGAUGAUGCGUAUUUGGAUAACACAGAACCGUAUUUGUUUAAACCUACGUUAGCAUGUGAAGAUAGAGAAGAAGAGGAACAAAAAUGGCUCAGCCUUGUUCAAAGUCUUUUUUCAGCAGCUGGCCUCGAUGACAGCGUGCACCACAACUCAUUUUUCUCAAGAUGGCAUUCUCUCAAAUUUCCAUUGGAUCCAUCACUGAGAAACAACUUUGCCAACCUAAGCGACAAAGAACCAGAACAGGAGGCAAAAAGAAGGCAAUCAAGAUCAAACUGGAAGCUCAUCUUCGACAGCGUGAAUGCAGUCUUGGUAGAUAUCACAGGCUUUCGGUCAGAAAUGAGCGCAAUAUCGAUAUCAUCCAACUGGGUUCAUGCAGAUGCUCCAUCGCAACCUUUGGUGGACAUUGUGUGGGACAGAUUGAAAGAUUGGUUGUCGGGCAAAACACAAUGUGGUGGUUGUGAGAUUGGGGACAGUAACAGCCUGGUGGUGGAGAGAGCAGUUGGGAAAGAGGUUGUAGGGAAGGGAUGGAUUCAGAAAUUACAAGAGGAAUUGGAGGAUUUAGGGAAGGAAAUAGAAGGGAAAUUGCUUGAAGAACUUGUGGAAGAGACGCUACUUGAUUUGACAGGUUCCUGCCCAUGACCAACCUGCCUUUCUUUUUUUAUUCCAAUUAUAUAUAUAUUAUAGUUUUCUUUCAUAUACAGCCUCAAAUAAUUUGUGCCAUUUUUAUUUGUGUGCAUUUUAUUAUCCCUCUCCACCUACCCCUUUCCUGCUGUACAUUUUGGACUGCACAUUUUGUCUCUAUCUAAUAAGAUUAUAAAAUAUAUAUGCCAGCAAUAGAAUCAUUUUCAUCUGAACAAAA